UGUCUUUGUGUAGUGCUGUUGUUGUUGUUGUUCUUAUUUUAAGUGUUAGUGUCAGUGUUAGCAUUGUUAGUGGUGUUGCCUUCGGGUCGUCGCUCGCGAGGGCUAACUCCCCAACUAACAGUCGCUCUUCGUCCUUGCUGCCGUCUAGAGCCUUUUUGGUUUCUCUAAAGGCUAACCCUUAGUCCUGGCGCUGUCCUGGCCCCCAAAUGUACGAGUGUGCGUGUUAAUAAAAGGCUCAUUGUAAUGAGUGCGCCGUGCUAAUCGUUAUGCAAUCGCCCUGCUUCGAUUUCAAGCCCCUGUGAAAUGUCUCUAAAGCGUUAUGCAACUCUCCUGGCGGCCUUCGGUCCAAAUCACACCAUCCCGGCCAGCAGCACCACCUCCUCGACAACAAUAUCAUCGCUCCUUGCAACGGUAGCAGAUAUUUCAACAUCAUCGGCCGAGGAGACGGAGCAGUCCCAGUCCCAGUCCCAGGAGCAUGGCUCUAGCUCAUCGGCAUCUUCAUCCUCGUCCAUAUCCACAUAUACCACCUACUAUAGCAGCGGCCUGGGGCUGUAUCAUCAGCAGCGCGGCGGCUCGGGAGCUAUCAGCUCGAGUGCCGGUGGCGGUGGAGGACCUGGUGGACCCCAGACAUAUGCAAAUGUUGUCAAUGGGAAUGUGAAUCUGCUGCUCGGCGGGGCCAUGCUCACCCUGGUGACAACCAUAUUGUGUGUGGUCUGCUAUUGUUGUCAUCGGAACAUCAAAAAGCGAACCGAGGCCGCCUACAGGCAGCAGCAGCACCAGUGGCUGGAAGGCGAUCCCAACAUGGAAAUAUACAGCGUCGAGCAGUGCUAUGAAACCUCGGGCCUAUUUCUAGGCGACUCCACCGAUGGCCUGGCCGUUGUCCCCACCCUGCAUCAUGAACCGCCGCCCUCGUACGACGCCGUGGUGCUCCACGAGCAACAGCUCCACCAACAGCAGCUGGAGCAGCAGCACCAGCAGCAACAGUUGCAGCUGCAACUGCAACAGCAGCAGCUUCUGAUGCAGCGCGUCUCUCCGCCGCCCGGCUACCGAUCCACCCUCGACAUCAGCAAUCAGAAUGGGGCAAGCGGCAGUAGGGGCACGCCCGAUGGCAGCGUGGAUGCCAUGGCCAGUGGCAGCACUGGAGGAUCGGGUCCUGGUCUGCUGGUUAAUAAGCAGCUACAACUGGCGUUGAAUGCUCAGUCCUGCUGCUCGUUGCAGCGGGCGGAAGUGGAGAGCAUGUGGAAUGCCGCAGCGGCGGCGGUGGCAGCUCGCAGCGGAAAUUGCCUGGAAAUGGAGGUGUUGCAGCCGCCACCCUCCCUUCCGCUGGCCCUGCAGGCUCGCAAGCCGGCCCAGAACUUGCGGCUAAACACCUUCGGGCGCCGAUACCUGCAACAGAGCCACCAGCACAGCGCCAAUCACUACCGGAGGGGCUGCCCGCUGUGCGGCAAGUUCCGCUACGAAGCCGAGGCGGAGGAUGAACCGCUGACCGCCUUGUCCGUGGAGAGCGGCCUGAAUAUGGGCAGGAGAGAGGAGCGGCUGGAGCCCGAGGAGGAGCUGGAGGAUCCAGUGGCUUUGUGUCCGUGUCCCGGCGACAGCGAAAAUGGCAACAGCAUUGCUCCUGACAUUACCACUCUGCAGGAUGCGGCCAACGGCAAUGUCCAGGCCGCAAUUGUGGAAUCAAGCCCGCCAGAAGAGCCCAUCAGUGCUGUCACCGACGAAAAUGACAACGCUGCAACAUCGGCCACACCAGCGGCCACGUCCAGUGGCAGGCAGGAGAAUCUGGAACAAGCCACUGGCAGCCACCAGAAGCGGUUGGGGGAGGAAGAGGAGGACGAAGCCGACUUGAACACCAUUAACGAGAACGGCAUCAUCAGCAUGGACAUGAGCAAAAUCAUUGACAGAUCAGGGCUGCCCACAUACGAGGGUGCCAUCAAGCUCGAGUCCAGCGGUUAUGUGUGAGCCUAAUGAGGACUCGGACUCUCAUACUCAGUAAACCACAAGUGUGCUUUAACUAAAAUUAAGGAUUAAGAUGACUUGAGUUAUAUUAUUUCAGACCUAUGGCAAACAUACUAUGUAAGUUUUAAGAGUGCAAUUUAAUAGUAGUCUCUUCGCUAUCUAAACGCAAUAAUUUUAAUGUUUAAAUGUUUAGAGCUAAGCCCCUUGCGCAUAUCCGCCUAUGAAUGUUCGGUUCGAAUACUCGUACUCGUACUCAAAAAUAAAAAUUAAAUCAAGAGUUGUAAUUGAAAUAAACAAGUAACCUGAAUCGGGGAAGGCCUUCGCCUUAAUAUGCAUAUGCCGAUUGAUUUUGUAUUAAAUACAGAACAGUAGAGACAGAGGCAUGUUGAGCGAAUAA